AUGAUUCGAAAAACUGGAUUUGUCAAUGAUCCUGACAAAGCUCUCUAUGAUGAUCGAUAUCUAGCUGGCAAAGGUACUCAAGCAUAUAUGUACUUUAUGUGGCUCUGUCUUCAACGUUGUGAUCCUCUAUGUGGUCAGUUAUGCUUUAUUACUCCAAGUCAGUGGACUGUAUUAGAAUUUGCUGAAAAUCUUAGAAAAUGGAUAUGGACACAUUGUCAAUUAUUGGACUUUUUUCAAUUUGAACCUUACAAAGUAUGGCCCAAAGUACAAACGGAUUCUCUUAUCUUUCGAUUGUGUAAACGACAACAACAAUCUCAUAUGAUUGGCAAUAUGAAUGGAAAAAUAAUAUCGAAGAAUCAUCAUCAAAGUGGACAAGUAAUGUUUCUACGGCACUUAUCAAGGAAAUCAACAUUGACAGAAAUUUUAUAUGAUUAUCAGCAUUUCGAUCGACAUCAUUUAGAAUCUCAAAACCCUUUGAUCAAAUACAAAUUCACAAUGACUGACGAUAUCGAAUUACUUAUGACAACAAUGCAUGGAUCUUUUGCUUAUUUAUCUCCCACAUCUGCUGUUUCUGAUCAACUUAUGGCAUUGACUCGUGAUUAUCCUCGGAUCUGUGAUGGUGAACGUGGUGUCAAGGGUUCACAAACUCCUCUCGUGUGGCAUCGUGGUCCAAAUACAAAUCCUGUUUAUGCACUAGUGGUACGUACGCAAUGGGCUCUAGAUACUUUUGGAAAAGCAUGUUGUGAUGAAUGGCUUCGACCCGUCUUUUAUUGGAAUGGCAAAUCUUCUACUCCUUGUAAGGAAGUACAAUUUUGGUCACCUAGGGAUCCUCUGCGACUGACAAAAAAGGAAAACUCACCAGCUGAAGCCUAUGUGCCAUUCGAUGGGCGGGACAACAAUAACAUUGACGACUCUUUUUACUCUAUGAUUCUGGUGGACAAAGAAGGUGCUAGUCGUUUGGAUAAAUCUUCGGCUCUCUAUCAAUAUUUACAUGAAGCACGACUGGCAUUGCAACCUGGACAAAUGGAUAAGGAAUUGGCAUGGUGUCAUUUCAACAAAUGUGGAAUGAACAUUGGAGUGAAACUUGUACAUCCGAUCAACUUUGGUUACUUUAGUAGAACACAGCCACGGCAAAGGUUUUUUAUGGAUCAGCAACAA